UAAGGAUGCGAGUAACUUAAGAGUUCUGUGUUGAAGUACUCCCCUGGGCGCUGCUGUCUCCUGGAGAAACAACCUGAGAAACUGACCUGUUGUACGUCGUGUUCUUUCUGCCAAGUUUGUAAGGCUGUUCUGCAGCCUCCCUUCCUGCAAGGAGUGUCAAAAGAGCAUAUUUUGUUUCUGCUAUGAGCAAUUGCCAAUUACUCAUAUAAAAAUGAUGAUCUGAAAGAGGGAGUGCACUGUAGAAUAAGUAGUGAUGCAGUGACGUUCAAUGUUGUGGCUAUUGGUAGGGGGCAUCUCAUCAGGGCUUCUUCCUGUAGUGCACAAAUCUAACAAGGUUCUUUCUUUUUGCAGGGUAGAGUGAGCCCUGUGGAGACGUGCUAGAGGGACCACCCCCAUUUCGCAUCUAGCUGAGUGGACUAUGGUGGCAGGAAGAUGUUGGCUCGGAAGAGUAUCAUCCCUGAAGAGUAUGUGUUGGCACGGAUUGCUGCCGAGAACCUGCGCAAGCCACGCAUCCGAGACCGGCCACGCAAAGCCCGCUUCAUUGCCAAGAACGGGGCAUGCAAUCUGGCACACAAGAACAUCCGCGAGCAGGGGCGAUUCCUGCAAGACAUUUUCACCACCUUGGUGGACCUGAAGUGGCGUCACACACUGGUCAUCUUCACAAUGUCCUUCCUGUGCAGCUGGCUGCUCUUUGCCAUGAUGUGGUGGCUGGUGGCUUUUGCCCAUGGUGACAUGGACCCAAGCACAGAAAGCACUGCGAACAGCACAAAGUGGACACCAUGUGUGACAUGUGUGAGGUCCUUCACUUCCGCCUUCCUUUUCUCCAUUGAAGUUCAGGUGACCAUUGGUUUUGGGGGCAGAAUGAUGACAGAGGAAUGUCCCUUGGCCAUCACGGUCUUGAUCCUGCAGAACAUUGUAGGCCUGAUCAUCAAUGCUGUCAUGCUGGGCUGCAUAUUCAUGAAAACUGCACAAGCUCACAGGCGGGCUGAGACCUUGAUUUUCAGCCGGCAGGCAGUCAUUGCAGUUCGAAAUGGCAAACUUUGCUUCAUGUUUCGAGUGGGAGACCUGAGGAAAAGCAUGAUCAUUAGUGCCUCAGUGAGAAUCCAGGUUGUGAGGAAGACUACGACCCCUGAAGGAGAAGUCAUACCCAUUCACCAAGUAGAUAUACCUGUGGAUAACCCCAUUGAAAGCAAUAAUAUAUUCCUCGUGGCUCCCUUAAUCAUUUGUCACAUUAUAGACAGACGGAGUCCUCUUUACGAUAUCUCUGCUGCUGACCUGGCACUUCAGGACCUGGAGCUCAUCGUGAUACUUGAGGGAGUCGUAGAAACAACUGGCAUCACAACACAGGCAAGAACCUCCUACAUAGCAGAGGAGAUCCUGUGGGGUCACCGCUUUGUGCCCAUUGUCACUGAAGAGGAAGGCGUGUACUCAGUCGACUACUCGAAGUUUGGCAACACUGUCAAAGUGGCAGCACCACGCUGCAGUGCUCGAGAGCUCGAUGAGAAGCCAUCCAUUCUCAUCCAGACACUGCAGAAGAGCGAGCUGUCCCACCAAAACUCCCUGCGGAAACGCAACUCCAUGAGGAGGAACAACUCCAUUCGGAGGAGCAAUUCCAUGCGGAGAACCAAUACCUCCCUCAUCGUGCCCAAAGUGCAGUUUAUCACACCUGAGGGGAGCCAGAGUGCCUCAGAAACGUGAUACACAGCUUUGUGAGAGGUUGGUGGGCUUUGGAAGGAGGAGGCACCUGUGGUGUUUUGUUUAAAUUUCCUCUUCAGAAAAUGAGACCACAGUGCAGAAAAGAACUGUGCAAGAAAUAUUUAUUCUGUUAUUUACUGAAAGCAUCACCUAAUUGCAUUAGGAAACACUUUAGCACUUAGUGUAUGAAUUAAUAAAAAAUGUCACGUACACUAAAGGAAACACUGUUCACUCAUGUAAUAUAAUGUGUAUUUAUACUUGGUUUAAUGGCAUGCUAAGUUUUUU